AUGUCUGCGAACCAAAGUGAGAAGAAGACGAAGAGCCUCCGAGUGCAGGGGACUUUCUUGUCAAUGCAGCGGUUCAUGGCCGAGGACUCCAGGAAGCAGCCAUGGAGCACCGUCCACCUCACCAGCGAUACCGGUUUCCACUGUGUGCACAUGGCAACUACAGCAGCAUCACAGACAUCUACCGCAUUGCCACACUCGUCGAGGGCGGGCACGACCGGCUCAGCGAAGUCGGAAGUAGCUGGUGAGAUCAAGACUCGCCAACCAUGCUCUGAGCUCAACCACGAUUCCAACAAGACACAUCAACAUGGCAAUGGGAGCCACCAGGACAACAGCAAGCACAACCAUGAGUCCAACGCUCCUUGCAACCGCGCCGAUUCCCCGCCAUCAAUCCCCUCGGCUCAAUCUUACGGCGAUCCUUCUCAGAGGCGAGAAAUCCAGCGCCGCGAAGGGUCUAAGAACCAUGACCUGCUGUACAUCGGGUAUAUGUUUGCAGAUGCAGGGACGGCAGGCGCAAAGCCAUCACGAAACGAGGGAAACAAGACCAAGGGGCUCUUAAGUCCAAGCACAACUCUUGGCUCGAUGGCGGCGAAUUGCGGGCCGAGAAGGUCAUGCUGA